CGUAUGACGCAGUGAGUGAUUCGUCUCCUGAGCGAUCUUGUACGGAACAAAGCCCGUUCACUGCAUUCUAUUCAACCGCGUAAAAUUUAGCAAGUUUGUCAAGGAACGUCAAACAAAAUGGAUUCGACCGAGCCCUCUGGCUACCCCCGAGUAAAAUGUCCGCUUCGGGGACUUUUUAACUAAUUUAUUAACUCCUAAACUUAUAGAAAAAUUCAGGUACAUGCAACAAUGGAUCAAAGCAACACACACAAUAAACUGCCUUAAGUUUACGGUAGCUUUUCUACGUAUUAGUGUUAGUGUACGGACAUGCAAGUGUAGUGUGAGUGCAGAAUGUCGGACGACGAGGACUCUUCACCAGAUUGGGCGCUGGUGCCCUUUAACAAUGUGCCAAUCCUGGGCAUCAAACGUCUCAAGCAGAUCGAGACGUUGUUCCUCGCGCGACGCCUCCAAGGCCACGCUGGGCUCAGUGUGGAGACGCUCCUCGACGUUUUGCUCGUGUUGUACGACGAGUGCUGCGGCAGCAGUCUGAGAAGGGAGAAGGCUGUUGCGGACUUCAUACAACACGUGAAGCCAGUGGCAACAGCCCUCAAACGGCUGCGACUAUCACGUGAUGAUUUCGAACUGGUGAAGGUGAUCGGGCGAGGCGCCUUCGGAGAGGUGUGCGUUGUCAGGGCGUCUUUUAUGCAGGGCACAGAUGCAGGCGCGAACACAGUGCCCGGUGGAACUGUUUCAACUACCACAGGCGAACGGGUGUAUGCCAUGAAGAUACUUAACAAAUGGGAGAUGCUUAAGCGCGCGGAGACAGCAUGUUUUCAAGAAGAGCGAGAUGUUUUAGUGUACGGAGACCGGCGGUGGAUCACCAACCUACAUUAUGCCUUUCAGGACGAACACAAUUUGUACCUAGUAAUGGACUACUACUGCGGCGGCGAUCUUCUAACCCUGCUGUCCAAGUUUGAAGACCGCCUACCUGAAGACAUGGCCCGUUUCUACAUCGCUGAGAUGGUGCUCGCUGUCCAGAGCGUUCAUGAACUCCGAUACGUGCACAGAGACAUAAAGCCCGACAAUGUCCUGCUAGACGCCAGCGGCCACAUCAGACUCGCAGAUUUCGGCUCGUGCCUUCGAUUGGGAGAUGACGGGAAGGUACAAAGCAACGUUGCUGUAGGAACACCGGAUUACAUAUCGCCAGAGAUUCUUAGGGCGAUGGAGGAUGGUCAAGGUCGUUAUGGUCCUGAAUGUGAUUGGUGGUCUCUAGGCGUGUGUAUGUACGAGAUGCUAUUCGGAGAGACGCCAUUCUACGCGGAGUCUCUCGUGGAAACAUACGGCAAGAUCAUGAACCACGCUCGUUCUUUUAGCUGCCCACCGCCUCUAGAACAUGCUAAACAGGUGUCAGACGAGGCGACAGACUUGAUUAGGAAGCUAAUAUGCGCUGCUGACCAAAGGCUGGGAAAGAAUGGCUUGCAAGAUUUUAAGAACCACGGCUGGUUCGCCGGCUUAGAGUGGGAAGCGCUCCGAGAAAUGCAAGCGCCUUUUGUUCCCGACGUGGCCAGCCCUACUGAUACCUCCAACUUCGACGUGGAUGACACUGACAUCAGAUUAUCAGAGGCGGUGCCACCACCAUCAGCGUCGUCAGCGUUCUCGGGUCUGCACCUGCCGUUCGUGGGCUUCACGUUCACGGCGGGGAGUCGACUCUCGGACUUGGGUGCUCCCGCUACACCGCUCAGCCCCGCCAAGAACGCUCCCAGCCAGGCCCCAUCAAAUGCUGGCGACAGAGCGGCCCUGAAAGCCCUCGAGCGGGAGAACGCACUCCUAGCACAAACCAUCGCAGAGUUAAGAUCAGGAGGACAACCCUUGGACGUUGGGAGUGAGGAAUCUAUCACAUUGAAAGAGGAGCUCGCAGCAUUAUCGAAAAGAAACGCGGAGUUAGAAGCGCAAGUGCGAUGUUACGAACAACUUAGCAGCGGGGUCGUGGCGCAGGAUCCAUCGGCGCCUCAAGAUGCAGUAACGAGGGUACGCGAACUGGAGAUGAUGGUCACGACCCUCAACCUUGAGAAGGAGGAGCUCGUCAAGGACAAGGUGGAUUCUACUGAGAAGCUGAGGUUGCAGGAUAAAGAACUAAAGGAUGCCGUUGCGCAGCGUAAGCUAGCUAUGACGGAAUACAACGAAGUGACGGACCGCCUGUCGGAGUUGCGGCAACAGAAACAGAAGUUAUCGCGGCAGGUUCGUGACAAAGAAGAAGAGUUAGAAGUAGCUAUGCAGAAGAUAGAUGCGCUAAGACAGGACAUCAGACGCUCGGACAAGGGUCGGCGAGAGUUAGAAGCGCGACUCGACACCGCCAUCUCAGAGGCUACUAAAGAGCGGAAGCUGCGUGAAGAAACUCUCCGGUCAGUACGAGUGGAGGCGACGGCGGCCGGCCCGCCCGGCUCCGCGGCGGCCGACGUGGCGCGCCUGCAGGCCGAGGUGGACGCGCUGGAGUUGCAAUAUAAGGAAUCCCUCGCGCAACAACAACAACGAUACAAUGCGGAGCUCGCCUCGCUUAGAGAACAACUUCACGAAGGAGAUGCCGUUAGGAGCGUGCUCAAUAGAGAGUUACAAACGUCUAAGGAUAAACUGGAGAGCCGGCGGUUAGAGCAGAUGAACGACAGCGAGGACAGGCAGAUGUUGAUCAACGAGAACAGGAAACUCGCCAAGGAUCUUGAUGCGAUGGCUGAAAACGGUCGCCGGUGGCAGGCGGAGAGAAGGCAGCUAGAGCUGGAGUUAGAGGAGCUCAGAGCCAAGCGAGACAGCAUGCAACAUUGGGAGACUCAGAUAGCGGACAUCAUCCGAUGGGUGGCGGACGAGAAGGAGGCGAGAGGAUACUUACAAGCGCUUGCUACGAAGAUGACCGAGGAACUGGAAUAUAUUAAGAUCGCUUCAGCAACGCGUGGCAGCAUCGCAGCGCCCUCGUCCCCACCGGCCGCUCCCGGCGCGCCCGGCGGCUGGCGCAACCGGCGCUCACAGAAACUCGACAAGAUGGAGAUCCUCACCCUGCAGUCUAGUCUACACUCCGAGAUACAGGCCAAGCAGCAGGUCGGCGAGGAGCUCAGCAGGACCAGAGCCGAGCUGCUGCAUAGCCAGAGGGAGCUGCUAGAAACCCGGCAGCGGCUAGACGCGCUCGCGCACGACAUGAAGCGUAAAGAGCAGCACAUUCGCGACAUGCAGACCCGGCUCGACGCGCCCCACCAGCCCAACAACUCCUCCAGACAAGGAUCCACCAAGUCUUCAACAUACUGGACGGGGAAGGAAGAAAAUGUUUUGGAUCGGCCGCCAUCGCAGCUGAGCUACCUCGAUCAGUUCCUGAAAGAGGCGCCGACGGAACGGCACUAUGAUAAUGUGCCGGUCAAUAAUGAUGAGAAGAUGUCGCCGCAGUACCGUUACGGAAACGUACAGCAUUGUUGCAGUACGCAGUUGAUGUACGGCUCCCAACAAUCGGCAGCUUUAAGCGGCUCCGUCGAGUCCCAAGACGAGAUGGAAGCGCGCGCCGCCACGCCUGCCUCCAGCAAGAGCUCGCCCAGCGAGAUGUCCACGGAUGCUUCCUUAGGCCCCGUGGUGCCGGGCAAGCAGAAACUCCACCAGUUCCUAGUGCGGACGUUCAGCAGUCCCACCAAGUGCAACCACUGCACGUCGCUCAUGAUCGGUCUAACGCGACAAGGCGUCGUCUGCGAAACGUGCGGCCUAGCGGUCCACACGGCGUGCUGCGCUCGCGUCGCGGCCCGCUGUCCGCUGCCCGCUGCCCGCUCCCGCCGCCCGCUCGGCAUCGACCCCGCCCGCGGUCAGGGCACCGCCUACGAGGGCUACGUCAAGGUACCAAAGCCGGGAGGCGUGAAGAAAGGCUGGAUGAGACAGUUUGUCGUUGUCUGCGAUUUCAAGCUCUUCCUAUAUGAUAUUACGCAAGACAGGAACGCGCUACCUUCAGUAUGCGUAAGUCAAGUACUGGACAUGCGCGACCCCGACUUCAGUGUGGCUUCAGUCAAGGACUCUGACGUCAUACAUGCCAAUAAAAGGGACAUACCGUGCAUAUUUAGGAUAUCAACGUCACAACUGGAAGGGGGGAAGCGAUCUCAUACACUAAUGUUAGCGGAAUCGGAGUCGGAGAAGACGAAAUGGGUCGUCGCGCUAAGUGAACUACAUAGGAUAUUGAAGAGAAAUAAUCUGCCUGACAAAUGCGUAUACAGCGCAUGCGUGAUAGUCGACUCCGGCGCAGCGGCGGCGCUCCGCGGCGCGCAGUGCGCUGUCGUGUUAGAAGGGUCAAGAUUCUGCGUCGGCGGAGACGCCGGCUUAGCGCUAGUGGACUUAGAGAGGGGCGAGAUUACACCAAGAAGACAGCAUGCACCAGUCGCCCAGGCUGCUUAUGUUCCUGAGGAGCAGUUACUUGUUGUAAUAGCGGGCCGAGGUCGGCACGUGCGUCUAGUCCCAGUGCGAGCACUAGAAUGUUCAGAAGUCGAGUGCGUCAAGCUAGCGGAGUCCAAGGGCUGCGUGCUGCUCGCGGCGGGUCAGCUCAAGACCAACACGUAUGGGUUCGCCGUGGUGUGCAAGCGACAGAACGCGUACAUAGUGAACGUGUACGAAAUAACUCGCACCGCGGCCCGCCGUUGCCGAAUAGCCGAGCUCCGAGCGCCCGGCGCCGUGCACUCCGUCCAGCUGGUCCGCGGCCGGCUGCUGCUGGGGUACCGCGGCGGGUUCGCGGCGCACGCGCUGCCCGACCCGCGCCGGCCCUCGCACGACCAGCCCGCCGUCUCUCUAGUCCACCCCGAGAACCAAGUGAACAUGUUCCUGUCUCACUCUGGCGCGCGGCCGCUCGGCGCCGCCUGCGUCCCGAACAGCGCCGACACGUUACUGGUGUUCAACUCUCUCGCUCUAUACGUGGACCGGUGUGGACAUCGGGCUAGGGAUACAGAGCUCAUGUAUACACAGCAGCCCAGCCACCACGCGAUCAACGAAACGCACCUAAUGAUAUUCACGACGACGCACAUCGACAUUUACGACAUCGAGAGCGGAGAGUGGGUUCAGACCAUCAAUAUACCGAACGCGCGACCGUUGGACGAGCAGGGCUGGCUGUGCUGCGUGUCGGGCGGCGCCAGCAACGGCUUCCCCUUCGCCAGCGACGCCGCCCCCUUCAUCAUCUACCUGCGGCCUUUAAUGACGCAGGGUCCCCUAAACGUGGAGCACGCGGCGCUAUGGGGCUCGACCAAACGGAGAUUCUCUGUGCGGGAGCAAUCACACCAAGCCAUCGAAGCGCAUAACAGAUUAUCGGAGCGACGUUCGCGCUUAAUCUCAGCACCCACAAACUUUGCGCAUCUAUCGCAUAUGGGUCCCGGCGACGGCAUCCGCUCGCAACGUCUGUUGGACUUGCCCACCACCGUGGAGACCGCCGACGACCACCAGCAGAUGUACAGCAGUCGAGAGAGCAGUAAGCGGACGUCACCGCUCACGAUAUCGCACGGUACGGGCUCUUACAACGGGUCGUGGCGCGGAGCGGGCCGCUCGGGGCCGCCGCAGGACGCGCCGCCGUCGCCGCCGCUGUCGCACCGCCCCAUGGAGAGGUCGAUAGGUGGCGGGUCACAGGGCAGUGGGUCGCUGUUACUGGAGCGCUCCAUCACACCGCUCAGCCUCGGCAGUAUGAGCUCUCUGCACGAUGUACUUAAGGUGGGCACGGACAUGGGCGACGCGCUGCACUCCGAGGACAGCAGCUGCGGGGCCUCGCCGCCGCACCCCGCCGACCCCUGAUCAAACGAACUGAACGCGUAUUGGUCACUGGACGUGUCCCGGUUCUACGCGUGCUUCUGCUAGCGACGCACCAAUGAGGCUUCACACCGACGCUACAGAUUUGCGUUGGGCGCCGUUCUCGAGCAGGGGUGGUGUGAAGUGAUCAUAUACGUAUGUAACCUGAACUAUGUUGAUACUCAAUGUUUAAGUUUUAAUAUUUAAUUUUAUAUAUAACAAAAGAUAACAGUGUUUAGAAACAGUCACCUGUACCCUGUGAACGCCACGCAUAUCGUGUGCGCUGCGCCAUCGUAAACCUUUUCGCAAUGCACGAAGGUUGAUAUUGGUUUAUGUUUUUGGUGGUGAAAGGUUCAUUAUCGUGGUAUUUGCGAUAACUGUAUUUGCCUUACAGGUCGAGUCACCAAAAUAAAAAAAACUUAUACAAUUGUAUCAUAUAGAAGCAAAGUGACCAACAUACACAUCUCCAAAAACGAAUUUUAAGGUCAUGUUGCUACAACUCAAUCUUUGUAGAUAUGUACCCGUGGAUGUUGCUGGAAUUGUUAAAAAAAUUAACUACAUAUUUUAAAAUCCACACUUCACACCACACUCUCUUUUCUAUGUAGCAGUCCGUCAAACUCAUGCUAAAUUCGUCCUUAGCCCGUUUACUAUAAGGCAUGUUCUCGUUUGCGCGGACUGCGAUCACAUUUAUUUUGAGGCUCAGUGCUAUAACAGCUAAAAUCGAAAUUCGUCGAUUUCGAGCAACUAUCUCUGUCACUUUAAUUACGCCUCAAUUGGAGUAAGAGAGGAGUUGCUCUGACCCACCUACUGCUCGAGUCCUAAUGGAUUAAUUUAGGUUUCAGAAAUAAUAUGUUUUCCUUAAGAAACGCGGCAUAUAGUGAGCAAAUGAAUUAUGUAUUUAAGUGUGUAUUACCCUAGAAACGCCUUAUGGUCUAAACUGGAAGCUCAGAAAUUUUAUACCUUUUUUUUAAACAUGUUAGGCAAGUUGUAAUGAUUUAAGACUCGAAAGAAAACACACUAAUCAAUAAAAGUUAUUACCCACUAAAUUAUGAGAUCUUAAAUAUUGGAAUGUUUUCAGUUUUAUUAAAUAUGCGUAUGAAAUGUAUUUAUUCCAUUCAAUUAUUAAAUGUGAUUAAACUUUUUAAUUUAUUUUUGCUGUAAUAUAACUAAUGGAAUAAAAUUUUAUAAGAGAUACUAACAAAGGUAUAUUAUCUUCAUUAUAGAAUGCGUAAUUUAUAAUUUAACCGAAAUUGAAUCUUAUAACGGUGACAUAAUCUUGUUUUUUUAAAUCACUAUAUAAGCGACGCAAAAGCGACUUUUCUGUUGCAAUAUAUCAAAUAUUAGGUUAGGCUGUAUUUAUUUAUACGCGAUAUGUUAAAAGCAUAAUUAUUUGGUUCCUAAAAUGUACAGCAAUAUAUUAUAUAUACAGACAUAUAUCAUAUGUAGAAACUUUUAUUGAGAAUGCUGUAGGGAUAAGAUGGUCGCCUCUUUAUCGUCUGUCACCAUGCCUCUCACGCUCUAACAAGUACAAGUGCGAAAGUGACACAUGACACGUCAGGCGAUAAAAACGCGACCAUGCUAUCCCAGCUGGAGACGCGCUAAGUAUCGAUAUGCAAUGACUGUGAAAAUCUAUGGACUAUUGAAAGAUAGGGUUACCGCCUUUGUGCCUGUGUUUUUAACAUGUUUGAAACUAUAGCAAAAUUGAUACUUUUUACAUUUGACGAAGAAAGGAAAGUGAUGGUUUUUCGAGUGUAAGUAUGUAUGUACUUAAAGAGUCCCCGGCAAGCUCGGUUCUCCAUACAAACGUAGUUACGCUCUCAUUUUAAAACGACUAGCUAGAUUGCUCUGAAACUUUGUACUUACAAUAGGAAUCAAUUUUUGGCAGAGAUAAGGACUGAAUGACUUAGUGUUUAAAACACAUGAGUUGAAAAGAUUUGAAUCGGUUGAGCAGUCUCAGGCGUCUCAAUAUUAGUGUGAAUAUAUCAAUUUAAACUUCCAUGUACGAUAAUAAUAUUAGUUCGCGCAUUUUGAUGAACUGACGGACGGACCCAAGGAUAUAAUUCUUGACAUCUAGAGAAAUUAUCACAAAUUAGGCAGCUAAAUGUGUCAAAUGAAACAAAACAUUAAACAUUUCAUUUUAUUCAGGUAAUUUUGACAUAAACAUCGUUUCCAAAUUAUUUGUUUUAAAACGUAGUUGGAUUUUUUGACAAGUAUUUUUCCUUGGGUCUGACCUUAAUUGCUAGCAAAUCUGGACGUGUAUAGGUUGAGAACCCGAAGUGGCUUGUAGGUCAAUUAGAAUAGAAAUGCCGUCGAAGCGGAUUUUAUAUGAAAUAAAAUUUAAUACAAUUAGGUUACGGUAAAAAUAGUGACGACCUUUGAGCAGUUCAGUUGAUGAAAAAUUUAUAAAGGUUAUUUUACCUACUUAAGCAGAAACAGUCCGAAAGGAAUUAUUUCUUAUCGACAUAACUGCUCAGUUGCUCACAUAACGAUUAAUGAAAAAAUAACGCGGGUGAGAUUUGCUUUUAGGGCUAAUCAUACGAUAAUACUCGCUUAGCUUACCAUGACCGCUCGACCCUUACCACUGCGGCACAUUGACUAUUUUUAACGUAAAAUAGUCCAGAUAGUGAUUGUUCUGUUGAUAUAUAUAUAUAUAUAUAUAUAUAUAUAUGACAUUGGGACAUCAUUAUUCAGAUCAAAGACGCAGCGUUGUGGCAUAAAAUUGAUUAUUUUAAUUUAAAAAUAGGGUUGUUGCAUUGCAUAGACGGUGUCUGAGUGGCUUAUUAAUACCAUUGUGUACCGCCGAAUGUAUAAAACUUACAUUAUUUUUAUUUACACAUUUAAUUGUUAGUAGGUUAAUAUUUCUGUAUUAUGUACAGUGCAAUAUUUAUAUUUUAACUUCUAUUUUAUGUUAAAAGCUAGCUUUGCUGGCUUAGCAGUUUGAACGUAAAUGAUUAUUCUCUGAUGAUCUCACACAGCGACUUUUUGAAGGCAUUACAAAGAAUUUGUUAAUCAAAAUUUUUAUGACCACCACUUUUUUUUUACUCUUCCGCUAUUGACAACUCGGGAAGAGGGUAUAAUUUAGUUUAAAUAACUAAUUCAUAUUUUUCAUAAGGUUUGAAAGAAUGCCACUGAAAGUGACAACCACAAUAAGUCGCUAUGUGUGAUGAUGAUGACUGGUUGCAACACUGCCGACAUUAAAUAAGUGUUAUGUGUACAUUUGUACAAUGUAUACAUACUUUCAAAUAUAGAUUAACUUACAAAUAAGUUAUAUUUAACAUUGCGUUCAGAAAAAGUUAAAAGUGAUUGAAGCCGAAUGAGGGUUUCACUUAGGGCCCUUACAGACGUAUUUAACAAAAUUUAGUAUACACGGAUUCCAAUGCGGCGUACAAAACACGAAUGCGAGAAUUAUUCGAACGUGCGUAGUACUGCGCUCCGUAUUAGUUCAAGUGAGCAUCCACCAGAUAGUGAGGUAAAAAACCGUGAUUAGAAAACGCGCCAAGCAAUGGACUAAUGAACAUUCCAUGUCUUUAUUUGCUGGAUGUUCACUUUUUAGGCUGUCAGAGACCGAUUGCAUCGUAUCUGCAAAUUGUAUGUCAGAUGCAGUUUUGUGUCUACACGCUAGGCCCGAACACCUUUGGAUCGUUCCCAAACUUUCCGAAUCGACAAUAAUCCAUACGUAGCGUAGCGUGCGCUAGCGUUAGUUAAGAUGUCAUCGAACAAUUAUAACUGAAUUUUAACUCAAUUUGUACAGCCAACCUUUAUAUGCUACUGGGGUGUAUUUUUUUUAUACAUAAGUACUUUAGUUAUACCUUAAUUCAUCUACAAUUUCUAAUCCAAUGUGUUACGAAAUUUUCAUAUCUAUUACGACCUUUUGUAACAUAAUGAACAUUACUGUUGUUGAUGAAUUACGUUUAUAAUUGCGUACAAUAAUUUUUAAAUUCACUCCACUGUAAAUUCAGUAUAAAAAAAAUGAUAAUAAGUUAUCAUGUGACUUCCAUAGAAGCAUAUAAAAAUCAGGUUGCAAUUACUAGAUAACCGAUUUUAUCAACUUAUUAUAUUAUAAAUGAGCUGACAAUUUGUUUAAUAUCAACGUGUCUACAGUUAAACUGGUCCAUAUUACGCCAUGAACCCAAAAAUAACAUAAAUGUUAAGGAUAUCUGUUUUUUAUACAAUAAUUGUGGUAAUCAAGGGCUCAAACAAUUUGUCAUAUACUCGCAAGGCUGCCAACUGCUCGUUGGAUCCAUGGAACUAAUAUUUGUUAAGUUGGUAGAAUCGGUUUCCCAAUUCGUCUGUUACCAAAAUAACUGUCACAUUUAAUCUUUAAGCCUCUAUGUUAUAAUUAUAGUCGAUUGCAUGAUCUAAUUUAUGAGUUUAGUUAAUUUACUGCACCUAUGCUUCGUCUUAUGAUUUUACUACUAAACCUCGAGUGAGUUUUGUAAUUUACCUACUUAUAUAUAUAAGUUAUUUAGAUUGGAGUUUUAAGUUUUAUAUGCAUAGUAUAAUAAAAUAUAUCUCAAUAUAUAAAAUCAGAAUGUCACUAUAAUUCGUUAUUAUAGUAUUAAUUGAUAUUAAACGUAAGAUAUAAUUGUAUAAUUAUUUUUUAACAAUCUAGUCUUUUUUUAUGACCCUAAUGUAUUAUUGUGACUAUGAUUUUGUCUUUUCAAGUUAUUUUAAGGGUAACAUUAGUUUGCUUAGAGAAAUGAGAUUUUAGCCUACGUUACAUUCAGUUGGCGGCCAUUUUGUUGACGCGCGAGUUCAAGAUGGCGGACGCUGUAGCUUCGAAUUCAAUUGUAAAACGAGUUGUACACAUAUUUUAUGUUUUUAUGAGUCGACGGAAAUAUUUACGAAUAAUUUAUCCAAAGAUCUGUCUAUCAUUCUUGUUUUAUUCGACGUGUAUUGACGAAAUGUGUAAUAAUUUAAUUAGUGAAAUUAGUUUUUUAAAAGUAUAUUUAAAAAAAUGUAACAGAAAGAACUGAUUGUAUAUUGCUUUUCUAUAAUUGUGUAUAAUUAUUAUAUAUUGGAGUAUGUAAUUCGGAUAUAUUGGCAGAUAAAAAAAAAAAAGAAAUCCAUUCCACAUGCACGGUCUACGUCAAAGAUAUGUAAACAUUUUCGUCUUGUUUCAAUGGAGUAAGAUUCAAAAUGUUUAAGCAUAUGUUUGAAGUCGAUCCUAUUAACCAUAGAUGAAUUGUUUUCACGCGUGAUCAUAGACUAAGGGUCGGUUGCAUCGAACUGUUUGUCAUCGUUAAAGAGUUUGCUAAAUUUUAUUGUACGGAAAGAGCCGUAGUAAACCGCCGCGGCACGCCGGGUGACGUUGAUCAGUCUGUCGAGUACGGAUGGUGCAACUGUCACUAAGUAUUGUACACACGCGAAAAAUGUUUUGGACACCUAUAAUUUCCAUAACGCAUUUACCUUAUUAUUGUCAAUUGAUAUUAUAAGUAUUAUAACAGAAAAUUAUUCGAAAGUUGAAGUUCCAUUGGCAGAUAGUGGUAUUAUAACCUUAUAAUAUGUAAAUCUCAAAAUUUGUUGAAUAUAAAUUAUCCUAGUGUAAGGACUGUAUUGUUAAAGAAAUUUUUAUAAUCCCACGAAAAUUGUACCGAUUAGGAGUAGAUUUUGCUAAAUUUAUCAAUAAAAUUGCAUUUUAUAAACAAUUAUAUCACCGGAAUUUGAAUUUUGCUUUGAAAUUCUAUAUUAAUUUGUGUUAAAAGCUGAUACAGCAUUUAAUACAAAUUAAUGUAAGCUGCUUUUGACUCAAAAGCUUGUUAUACUAGGUGCCAUCUAUACAGUUACACGUAGAAAACGAAAGAUGCGAGUGAUCGUUAUUGAAUUGAUUUUGGAAAGCAAAUGUUAGAAUUCUUUUGGAAUUUUUCGACUCAUACAAUACUGAAGACAUUUAAAUGAAUUUUUAAACAGUGACAAUAAUUUCUAGUUUUACUAAACACAAUAAGUUUUUUUAAAGUUAUCUAUGGCUUGGUUUUCGAAUAACCUUCUUAUUUAAUCACAUUGAUAAUCAGUAUUUCUUUAACUCUGUUUUAGUUGAUAUUAUUUUUAAACAUUAAAUCAUUUUACGGUUUAGACUCACUUGUUUUAGUCACUCGCGCGACAUGUUUCGGAGAGCCUAGGUUUGGGUACGCAAUACACGGUCGUCGUGAACGCUGCUCGCACUAUUAGUGCAUGAGAAAGGAGACCUAGGCUCUCCAAAACAUGUCGCGCGAGUGACUAAAACAAGUGAGUUUAAACCGUAAAAUGAUUUAAUGUUAGUAUGUCUCACAACAGUUUAAAUUCGAUUAUUUUUAAACAUUUGCUUUCCAAUGGAAGCAUUGUAAAAUAAAGUAAGCAAAUUAUACAUUAGUUUCCAAGCGGCAGCAAGCAUAUUAGCUGCAUUUAAAAAUUCAUUUAAUUGUAUACCUUGUUCUCAUACAAUAAGGUCCAUAAUUGAAUGAGUUUUCAAAAACGGUGACGGCAGAUAUGGGUAGCGCUGCAGAAUGUAUGGGUGUAUGGGUUAACAUCAAAGAUAUGUAUAUAUUGCGAACUAAUUUCAGUAGAAGUUACAAAAAAGAACGGUUUUACUCGCGCAUUUUGUACGUAGUGACAUGGGCUCACGGUCCUAGCCAUAGCACUUACUCUGCUUGAUGAAAUUUAAAUCAUAUUCAAUUGUAAUAGUUGCAUUUGUUUUGUUUCAUUCAUGUUUCAAAACAAAACAAAAUUACAGGUUUAAAUUGCAGUAACAAAUUUCGGAUUUUUCACUUGGCUGGACCUUAGGACGUUAAAUUGGAGUAUUUCUGCACUUUGUAGUUUUUCCUCACUCACUCGUUGACCACGAAAGCUGUGAAGGGUUCGAAACGUCGGGAUGUAUGAUUUAUUUAUUCAAUCGUAUGACAUAGUAAAACAGUUUUAAAUACAAAUUUAGUCCAAUCAGCCAGUCGAUGGCCUCGUCGCUAAGGACGAUCAGGUCUUCAGCAUGUGUUAUAAACUCAAUAUACGCAGUAAAAUCCGUUUUCAUAGUUUUAUUUCAUAUUUUUGAUGUUAACUGUACACAUAUCGAAAUAAUAACCGAGUUUUAUGAUUAGCCGACACGAUAUCUUCCUUGUAUUUAACAACAUACAGAUAUGUUAUAAUUUGUAUGUAAAUCUAAAUUAUUAACUAAUAUUAUAUUGCAAUUACAUACAUGAAAUUAUCUCAAUACUUAAUUAUUUUAUGUAAAUAAUAAAGAAACAUUUGAACGAAA